AUGUCCUGUAACCGAGGGAAAUGUUGCUACAACGAAACAAAGAUGAACGUUACCCCUAAAGUUUGUCUUGAAGGCCACGCUUUGACGAAGGCCGAGUCUAUUAUCAUGAUAACUUUUCAUGUGAUUUUGGCCGUGGCAGCCGUUUUCGGCAGCUACCUCAUACUCCGGGCGUUCCACAAACUUCACAGUCUUCGAACUGCGUCAAACGUAAUCUUGGCGAGUUUGUCCAUUGCUGAUGGAUUGCUAGCCAUCCCGUCAGUCCUAGACGUCGUACACUUAAAUCUACGCUUUGGAGAUGGGCAUUGGUCUUGCAUUCUGAGAAACAUAAGCUCAUGUUCCAGCUUCUUUCUCCUUUCAGUUAUCAUUCUUCACCUCGCCUUAAUCAGUUUGGAACGGUCCAUCGCCGUGAGAUUCGCCUUGCGAUACCACAUCAUAGUAACUCAUCGCUGUGCACUGAUCGUUUCUAUCGCCAUGUGGCUGUUGGCUGCCGCCGUUUUGUUUGUUGUCCCACAGGUCCUUAAAGCAUCCAUCGACGAUUUCGAACAGUUCCGCCAGGCGAUGAAUCCGUAUGGUAAGACUCCUGAAGUACCCUUAAAUCGUGACCUGCCUCCUUUAACUAAAGGAUAUCUCAUAUUCUUGUUGAUAACACUGUUGGUUAUCCCCCUAGUUAUUAUCUUAUGGUCCUACUCCUACAUCUUCAUCGUGUCUCUUAAGCACGGAAGGCAGAUCAGAGAGCAAGCUGACAUCUCAGGAUUACCUCGAAUCAAGCAUGAAAUGAAAGCCAACCGCACUCUCGCCGUGGUGAUAGGAGUAUGCCUUCUCAGUAUCAUACCGUUGUUGGUUGUGACAUGCCUUCGCUUUUUUGGGAAGCUGCCAGAGUGUGGCCAUCCAGAACGUAGGCCUUAUAAGUUUAUCGUUUACGACGUGGCAACUGGCUUGAACGCCAUCUGCAAUCCUCUUAUUUACGGAUGGAAAAAUAAAGAAUUCAGAAGAGCUUUUGUGAAGGUGCUGAAAUGCACUUAG